AUGUCGUCCAGUGGCACCCUAAGUAACUACUAUGUGGACUCUCUCAUAGGCCACGAGAGCGAUGAAGUGUACUCCGGACGCUUCGGACAGGCGGGGCACGGCACGGCCGCCAGGCCGUCAGGUGUGGCCGAUGGGGCCGAAUUCUCCUCCUGUAGCUUUGCCCCCAAAUCCACCGUGUUCUCCGCCUCCUGGCCCACCGUACCCCCACAGCCCUCGGCGGCUAUGACAGGGAUCUAUCAUCCCUACGUACAUCAGCCCCAUUUAGCAGCCUCCGAGCCCAGUCGGUACGUGCGCUCCUGGAUCGAGCCCUUCCCGAGUUUCCCCAGCAGCAGCACGGGGAGCAGCGGCACCGGGAGCAGCAGCGGCAGCGGCGGCGGCGGCGGCACGUCCUCCACCGGGCGCCACUACGGGAUUAAGCCUGAAACAGGAGUAGCUCCUGCCACCUCCUCCUCAUCCUCCUCCUCUUCUUCUUCUUCCUCCUCCUCCUGUCCCUCCUCUUCCUCCACCUCCUCCUCCUCUUCUACCAAAAGGACUGAGUGCUCCUCGUCCCGGGAGUCCCAGGGGAUCAGUGUCCCCGAGUACACGUGCAAUUCCUUCCUGCAGGAGCCCCGGGAGAAGGCGGCAGCGGUAGCGGCAGCAGCGGUAGCUGCUGGAGUGGCCAACAGCAAGGAGCCCUCGGCUUGCAGCGACCACCCUAGCCCGAGCAACCAGCUGAAGGAGGAGAAGCAACAGCAGCAGCAACAGCAGCAGCAGCAGCAGCAGCAACAACAACAACAGCAGCAACUUGACCCAAAUAACCCUGCAGCAAACUGGAUCCACGCACGUUCCACCAGGAAAAAGCGCUGUCCCUACACAAAAUACCAGACCCUGGAGCUGGAAAAGGAAUUUCUCUUUAACAUGUAUCUCACCCGAGACCGCCGCUACGAAGUAGCUAGGAUUCUAAACCUCACAGAGAGGCAGGUCAAAAUCUGGUUUCAAAACCGAAGGAUGAAAAUGAAAAAGAUGAACAAGGAAAAGGGCAGUAAAGGAGACUAA